AUGAGCUUAUUUGAGUGGGUCUUUGGAAAGAGUUUGACCCCCCAAGAAAGACUCAAGAAGAAUCAAAGGGCAUUAGAAAGAACUCAACGUGAGUUAGAAAGGGAAAAGAGGAAGUUAGAAGCACAGGAGAAGAAACUGAUACAGGAUAUUAAAAAAGCAGCCAAAAAUAAUCAAAUUAAUGCAGCAAAGAUUAAAGCAAAGGAUUUAGUUCGUACAAGAAGUUAUGUAUCCAAGUUUAAUAACAUGCAAACACAGUUACAAGCUAUCUCUUUAAGAAUCCAAGCUGUAAGAAGUAGUGAUCAAAUGAGUAAUUCUAUGCGUGAAGCUACGGUUCUUCUUGCAGGAAUGAAUAGAUCUAUGAAUUUACCACAGUUACAAAAAAUCUCUAUGGAAUUUGAGAAACAAAAUGAAUUAAUGGACCAAAGACAAGAGUUUAUCGAUGAAGCUAUUGAUGGUGUUAUGGAAGAUGAUGAAUUUAAUGAAGAUGAAGAAGCUGAUGAAAUUGUUAAUAAAGUCCUGGAUGAGAUUGGUGUUGAUUUGAACACUGAAUUAGCAAAUGCACCAAACGGGCAGUUAGGAUCAACCGUUGGUCUUGAUGAGUCUAAUAAGAUAUCUAAUCAAAAAUCGUUAUUAGCUGAAGGUGGAUCCCCAGGUGGAGGUCCAUCUGAUCCAGAUAGUGAUCUACAGGCUCGUUUAGAUAGCUUAAAGAGGCAAUGA